CCCGCCUGCCUCUCUCGGCCAUUCAGCGUCACGCGCCGGCCGGGAAAGAAAGCCCUCAUCCUCCUUGUUUUUCCUAUCCCACCUUUUGUUUUUUUUUUGGUUCUUUUGUUUGCUCAUCCUUUUCCCUCUCAGCGAGGGAGUCGCUGCAAUGCCGCUUUACGAGGGUCUCGGCAGCGGCGGGGAAAAAACCGCCGUGGUGAUCGAUCUGGGCGCGGCCUUCACCAAAUGUGGCUUUGCAGGAGAAACAGGACCCAGAUGUGUCAUACCUAGUGAAAUAAAGAAACCUGGUGUUUCAAAGCCUAUCAGAAUUGUUCAAUAUAACAUCAAUACAGAAGAAUUGUAUUCAUACCUGAAGGAAUUCAUUCACAUGCUUUAUUUCAGGCAUCUGCUGGUAAACCCCCGAGACCGUCGGGUUGUGAUCGUGGAAUCUGUAUUGUGCCCUUCUCAUUUCAGAGAGACACUCACAAAAGUUCUAUUCAAGUAUUUUGAGGUUCCUUCAGUGUUGUUUGCACCAAGUCAUCUGAUGUCUCUUCUAACACUUGGAAUUAAUUCUGCAAUGGUUUUGGAUUGUGGUUAUACAGAAAGCCUGGUGUUACCUAUUUAUGAAGGAAUUCCUGUACUCAGUUGCUGGGGUGCUCUUCCUUUGGGAGGAAAAGCCAUUCACAAAGAACUAGAGUACCAGUUGCUGGAGCAAAGUACAGUAGAUACAGGAGCCAUCAAAGGACAAAGCCUUACCUCAGUGAUGGGUUCUGUUCCAGAAGACAUUGUAGAAGACAUAAAAGUUCGCACUUGUUUUGUGAGUGACCUCCAGCGGGGACUGAAAAUUCAGGCAGCAAAGUUUGAUAUGGAUGAUAGCGCUAAGCGUCCAACUCCACCGCCAGAUGUAGACUAUCCACUGGAUGGAGAGAAGAUUUUGCAUAUCAAUGGAUCAAUCAGAGAUUCUGUUGUCGAAGUACUCUUUGUGCAGGAUAAUGAAGAGAAAUCUGUGGCUACUUUAAUAUUGGACUCUCUUAUGGAGUGCCCAAUAGAUACUAGGAAGCAACUGGCCGAAAACCUGAUAGUAAUUGGGGGUACAGCUAUGUUACCAGGAUUCCUGCACAGAUUAAUGGCCGAAAUACGGUACCUGGUGGAGAAGCCAAAGUACAAGGAGAUCCUGGCCUCAAAGACCUUCCGAGUGCACACGCCACCAGCCAAGCCAAACUGUGUGGCAUGGUUAGGAGGAGGCAUUUUUGGAGCCCUUCAGGACAUUCUUGGCAGUCGUUCAGUCUCAAAAGAAUAUUACAACCAGACAGGACGUAUCCCUGAUUGGUGCUGCCUCAAUAACCCUCCUUUGGAAAUGAUGUUUGAUGUAGGAAAAACACCUCCACCGUUGAUGAAAAGGGCUUUUUCCACAGAGAAAUAACAGUUUUGUUCAUACUGUGACGUUGCCUUUUUUCCUCAUCUACCUGAAGUUGGACUGUUACGGAGCUCAGUGUAAUACGUUGGAUAAAUCUGCAAGUUAAAUUCUGGGGCACUGGCCACAAUUUUGGCUGAUUAUGUUCCUUUCUGUCAGUUACAUUGGCUUAUGAUGAUGCCCCAGUGAUAUUUGUUUAUUUACACAAGUCAUAUCAACAUAAGUGCUCAAGCCUUUACUGUUAUUUAAAGUAUAUACUGUAGAUACCUUUUUUAAAGCUCGCUUGGCAUCUGAUGCUGCACAUACGAGUUCUUCCACCAAAUGUAAUGCCGUGUUUAAUUUGAAACCUGUUGCCUCUUAAAAUAGAUUUAAAAUAUCCAUAAUAGUUUGAGGAUUUUCUUGGAAAUUUAGUGAACAAUCCUGGCCCUUGCUUUUGUUAAGGUAAGGAAUGGCAAGUAGGGGCCUUCUUGAUGAUUAUCAACACCACGUAUAAAUUAGAACAUGUAAUUCACAACAUUAGGAGAGCCACAAUUAUUGUAAUUCACAAACAUUAAGAGAGCCACUAGCAUCCCUCGGCGUUGGCUCGGGCUUCUGGGAAUAAAUGUUCACCGACUUCUGGAUUGGCUUCUUCCUUGUUCCUGAAAAAAAGAGAGAGGAAGCUAUCCCUUAUAAAAAGCCAAUCAUGAUAUAAUCUUUUACUUACAAUGGAGCCAGAGUGCUUAAAGUUAACUCACAUGUUAAAAACAUUUAUUUAACCAAUCAAUGCUCAUUGUCUACUCUGUUGCUUUUAUUUUAAUUUCAGCUGCUUUAAUUUAUUUUACUUAAAAACAUUCUUUCCCUCUCUUCAAUCCAGCAAUUUUUAUAGCAUCUUGCAAACAUUUAGCAUUUAGGAAAAUCCCUCAUUUUCAGAAAUCUCCACCUCCUUUUUAUCCUUGGAACUAGAACCAUCGAUGGCUUUGGUUAUGUUGAUUUUCCUAUGAAAGAGCAAGUCAUCUAACACAUUUCAUUAUGAUAUUCUCAUGUAGAAAUUAUAUGGCCUGUCAAAUUUUAAAAAAAAUAUUAAAAGUGUCCCAAAUCAA